UCCAAACAGAGCAGAAACAACUCCAACUCCCACAAUGCCCCGCGCGCGGUAGUUCAGAGUUCAAAACACUGCGGUAAAAGAUAGGAUAUUCACUGGUUGCCCUGUGUGCUAAACGGCAAAACCAAACAAGUUAAGGAGCAGAGAACGCGUUACUCGGUCGCCACCCACCGCAUCGACAGCCGGCCCGGGAACCCGAAAAUGGCCCUCAGCUAAUCGSUGCCUUUUCUUUCUCUCCCUUGCCGGAACCACAAACGACGGUUACCUGGCGGUGCUAACGUUAGCACGCUAGCUCGCCCAGUCGAGCACAUAGCGACCGCCGCUCGCCCGCUAACGUCACCGGACCGGUACUGUCGACACAGACUGCAGCUAUGUUCGUGCAGGAGGAGAAAAUAUUUGCCGGCAAAGUGUUAAAGAUACACGUCUGCACCGUGGACGGCGCGGAGUGGCUGGAGGAGGUCACGGAAGACACCACUGUUGAGAAACUGAAGGAGAGGUGCUUGAAACAUUGUGCACAUGGAAACCUAGAAGACCCCAAAACACUUAGUCACCAUAAACUUAUACAUGCUGCUACAGAAAGAGUCCUCACAGACACUAAAACUGUUGCUGAUGAAAAUCUCAAAGAUAAAGAUGUUUUGCUGCUUAUAAAGAAAAGGCCGCCGCCAACUGCUCCAAAGAUGGCAGACGUUAGUUCAGAUGAAAAGAAGAAACAAGACAACAAAGCUCCGGACAAAGACGCAAUCCUGAAAGCUACUGCCAGCCUGUCUACGCGUCACACAGACCGCACCGUGACACAACACAACAUCAGAGAUUUUCAAACAGAACUGAGGAAAAUCCUGGUUUCUCUUAUUGAAGUUGCCCAGAAGCUUCUUGCCUUGAACCCUGAUGCUGUUGAACUCUUCAAAAAGGCAAACGCCAUGUUGGAUGAAGACGAGGAGGAUCGUGUGGAUGAAACGGCCCUCCAGCAGCUAACUGAGAUGGGUUUCCCUGAAAGCAGAGCCAUGAAAGCUCUUAGACUCAACCACAUGUCAGUAACACAAGCAAUGGAGUGGCUGAUUGAACACGUAGACGACCCCUCUGUAGACACACCUCUGCCAGGACAGGACUCUUCAGKGGCAGCAGGAGCUGCAGCAGCGACCACACCAGGGCCUUCAGCCUCGGCCUCAGCUUCAGCCUCCGGUUCCAAYGUGUCCCGCAACGUCUCCAGGCAGUCGAGCUCGGACGAGAGCAGCAGGCAGGAUGAACUCACAGAGAUCUUCAAGAGAAUCCGAAGGAAAAGGGAGUUCAGACCUGAUUCGAGGGCUGUCAUUGCAUUGAUGGAGAUGGGCUUUGAUGAAAAAGAAGUGRUUGAUGCGCUGAGAGUCAAUAAUAACCAACAGGAUGCAGCGUGCGAGUGGCUGCUGGGAGACAGGAAACCAUCUCCAGAAGAUCUGGAUAAAGGCAUCGACACCAACAGCCCUUUGUUUCAAGCCAUCCUAGAAAACCCUGUGGUCCAGCUGGGCUUAACCAACCCCAAGACUUUACUAGCGUUUGAAGACAUGCUGGAGAAUCCACUUAACAGCACCCAGUGGAUGAACGACCCUGAAACCGGCCCUGUAAUGCUCCAAAUAUCCAGAAUCUUCCAGACUCUCAAUCGCACAUAAAAGCCUUCUGGUGACCCCUGUGUAAUUGUUUUAGAGUGUGCGUGCCUGUAUGUGUGUGUGUUUAAUCAUACUGGAAAUUUAGGUAUGAAUGUGACAAGAGUAUACAUUUGUUUUGUUUCUCUUUUGCCUUGUGAAGACAAAAUCAGAGGAGUCAAAGUAUGAAUUAAGUUGUUACACUAUUUAUAAUAACUAUACAGUAAAAAAACACUUAUAUAAAACAAAUAUUAUUACAGUAAUAAUGUAAAUUGAGAUUUAAUAUGUUGUUUUUACAUUUUAAUGGUAACAAUUUAUAGGUAUGACGGACAUGAUUUAUUUUCUAUCAUUUCUCCACGUGCAGAAAUGACAUCAAACAUCAGUUUAAUGUUUACACUUCUGAUAAAACUGUUUUUGUAUGAUUUACAAUAUUUAAAUAUCAAUUACAGUUGUCUGUCUCUUCAAAUUGUUACAUUUCAUUAAUCAUGAAUGUGUGGCAGACCUCUGUCACUGUYGUGUGUAGGGUUUCUUCUUCCCAUGUUAACUUUACGUUAAACCGCGGGUUAUUAUCUUGAGUCGAGUGGAGCUCUUUGAAAAUGGGCUUUCAGAUACCUCUGUCCGUUCACACCUGUGAGGUCACCAUAAGUCACCUGCCUCUCACGUCAAAGACAAUAAUCUUUGUCUUUUAUCAAAUGUAUUUGACUUUUGUUUGCCUUUUUAAGAGAAAAACUGUACUCUAAACUGUAUGUUUGUCCUGAUUUUACAAGAUGUUACUGUAAGCCUGUGUGUUUUCUCGUCAGUGUUGACUUGAAUGUCAUAAUAUCAUGYCGUGCUCAUUUAGCACUCGUUCACUUAUUUAAAUACUGCUCACUGCAGCACAGAGGAAGUAAAAAAGAAGGGUUUCGUUUGAAGUGGGAUCUUUAAAUGGAGCUGAGCUUGAACAAAAGGGGUUUGCCUUUUUAACCUUUAAUUUGAAUGAUAAACGAUGUGUGUUCGGCUCACGCGAGGUACAAGCAUCCUAAAGACAUUUAAGCUGAGAUACAACCCGUGUAGAUGUUUAAGUUUCCUGUUUUCUUUUGAAAGAAAUGAACAUUUUAUGCUGUCAACCAAAUCAAAAAUGUUCCUGUAUACAUGCCUUGUCACCAGUUAUACCCAAGGGAGAAAAAAAAACUUUCUGUGCAAUAAUAAUGACUUAUAAAGACAUAUAUUUGAUCUGAGUAUUAGGGUAUUUGACCUGAAAGAGUUGAUGUGUUCUACGAUAUUAGCCUUUGCAUUGAAUACUAAAAGACUCUUGCUCUAAGUUGGGGAUUUUUUGGCUGUUGUUAGUUAUAAUAAGACUUUAGAAAUGAAUAUGGAGCGUGUUUUAUUUUAUUUUGUUUUGGCCAAGCUUUUGAGUGUUUUUAUUCUGUAUUUAAAAUGUAGUACUGAUGUGACUUUCUGCUCAGGGAGGCUUAGAUUGUUCUUAUGGCAAACCCCUGCUCACCUCCAUCUGGCUUUAAUGAAUUACUCUAGAUAGAACCUCGUUAAUGAAUAAGAACGACUCAAAACAUGGUUUCAUACAUGCAAUAUCUGAAAAUAUUUAAAUGUAUUUUUUUUGUUGUUUUUGGAGAGUUGUUUUGUUUGAACUAUGUUUUAUUACAUUAUUUAUAUUAAAGCCAAACUAGUAACAUGAUCUUAUUUAUAAUAUUUUUAGCACACCUCAAAGCUAMUCUUCAAAUGUGAAAAUAAAAAUGCUUCAAAUGUUGUUUUUACAAACUAUACUAUAAACGUGCUUAAUCUAAAAUUGGUGGUGUAGUGUGAUUUCAAGUGGUGCAACAUGUUUGAUCAAAGAUGGAUUUUUACAAGCUUCGAAACGUAAACAGACCUUCAUCACAGUGUUGUGAAUCAUUCAUUGGAAGAAUGUGCAUUUAAGGGGAAAAAAGAGAAUAAAGACUUUUUUUUUUUUAGAAAUAUUUAGCCGGAACCAAAACGAUCAAAGUGAACUUAACUGCUUUUUGGAUACUGAAGAUAAAGCUGGAGUAAUCUGUUAUUUUUCACUCCAUUAUUAAUGCAACACUGUGCCGGAUUAAUAACCUAUGCAAUUUACUCAAUGCCUGUUUUUUUUUUUUUUUUUUUUGUGUGUGUGUGUGUCUAAAAACCUCAAGGCUAUUGGCAUCUAAAUCACCUUCACAUUAAAGUUAUUUUAUGUGGCUGUA